AUGUACGCAAUUCUGACCCCAAUUUUGUCUUUCUUAACAUUAGAAAAAAAUAACAUUUGUCUUAAAACAAUAAUGCAAAAAGAUUUUUUAGUUGAAACAAAUUUGGUUGUGGCUGCUGAUAAUUUUACAGAUAUAAUUUAUGUGCCUCAAAUACCCGUGACCGUUGUAGAUAUUUACAAUUUUGAAAAUUUUGAAACUAAAAUUUUUUUAUUAUAUGGAGAUUAUUUCACAACUAACCAAAAUUUUGAUUCUAAAGGAAAAUACAUAUUUGUUACUGAAAAUACGUCUAAAGUUUUACAACUAGUAAUGGAAAAUCGAAUUAGAAAAUUUCUAGUAGUACAUGAGGAUGAGAUUUUGUAUCCUUUCAACACUAAAUCGUGUACUGCUUUAAGUCUAAUCAAAUCGGAGAACUGCUUCUACCCUUCUGAUAUUUUUAAAGAGAAAAAACUAUUUGAAAAAAAUUGUCGCCUCAAAGUGGGUUAUAUCGAAACACCACCGUAUGUCAUCAAUAUAACUCACCCACAAAGACCUGGAACGAUGGCUUCUUUAGUUAAUUUAAUAUCAUACGUGAGUGGUUUUAAACUAUAAUAUAAGGAACCAUCUGGAUACCAAAACGAAUUUUUGAAUAACGGUUCCAUCCGUAAAAUUUCAAAUGACUUGGAAAAAAAUAUCAUCGAUGUUGCUAUUGGCCAGUUGGGUUUAAACGACGCCAAAACCAACCCUUUUGACUACGGGUCUGUCAUUUAUAGUGAAUACCUUUUUCUAGUAGUCCCCAAACCUAAAAGAUUGAAAUCUUAUAGAAAACUUUUUGUCGUAUUUAAUUUAGAACUUUGGGAGAAAAUCUUCGCCGGUAUUACAGUCACGAUUUUCGUAUUCUACAUCUUCGCCCUGUGUGAAGAUUCCGAAAAUGCGACUUUCGUUAAUUCUAUGUUUGAUGUUUUAAAGAUUUGUAUUGGGGGUGGUGUCUCGCAGCUCCCCCAAUGGCUGUCUUUUCGCAUUUUGGUGUCUUUUUUCUUUCUUUUUUGUAUUAGUAUAGACUAGAUUUAUCUCGGAAAUUUAAGUAAUAUCUUCACCCAAAGCUCCUACGAUGUUAAAUUGAAUACAAUAGCAGCUGCAGCUGCUGUCAAAGUUAUUGUUUUUGCCGACUGGCGUUGUGAACGACUUUUUCUCCUACUUUACGUAACAGCUCACCAAAAAGCCGCCAAAACACGUCUUUAUAUCACGAAUCACACCCAAACUUAUCUCAUGAAUCGCACAGCUUUGACAAAACAAAACGGAUCCCUUAUUUUCAGCUCUAUUCUAGAAUCGCACCCUUUGGAAAAAUCCCUCCUUUUUCCUUUAAGAAUUGGUACUGAUUUUCUUACAUUUUUGGUGGCUUUUCACAUCAACAAAAAAACUCUCUUUAAUGAAGCUUUAUGUUUCUGGGUACAAGAAAUAGUAGAGAGAGGUUUUGUAGUUAAGUGGUUUAGAGAAAUCCAGAGGAGUAAUAUUCGAAUCGAGAUUCUUCCAAAAGAAGAACAGAAAUUGGUAAUUUUAAAAUUGGCACAUUUUAAAGAAAGCUUUGGAGUUUUAUUGGGAGGAUAUGCACUUGGUCUGGUUGCUCUUGUUUUAGAGUUUGUGUUUUUGAAAUUAGAAAAAAUUGGCGUCGUACAGAGGGUCAAAAAUAAUGUCAUGUUUCUGGUAGGGUUGUUGAAGCCACCUGAGGGAAUCUUCAAAGAAAGGAUUGAGUAA